AAAAAUCGGAAUUUUCCAAGGAUGAACAUUUUCUCGAAGCCCGAUCCAAAAGAGCUCGAAAGAGCCAAUAAACGAGAACUUCGAAAAACGAAUCGAGAUCUUGAAUCGGAUCGUCGUCAAAUGGAUCGAAGAGAAAAAGAAUUGGAACAAGAAAUUAAGAAAUUAGCUGCAAAAGGACAUAAUGAUGCGGCAAGACAUUUGGCCAAACAGCUUGUUCAGCUGAGAAAUCAAAAGACUAAAAGUAUUGGAAUGAGUGCAAGAAUUAGUGGAGUACAGGCACAAAAUUCACAUAUGCAAAGUAUGGCUAAAAUGGGCUCUGCAAUGGGAACAACUGUCAAAACAAUGAAAGCAAUGAAUGCUCAAAUGCCAUUGGAAAAAGUUGCCGCAAAUAUGAGAGAAUUCCAAAUGGCUCAGGAAAAAAUGGGACUUACUGAAGAGAUGAUGAACGACACUCUUGACUCGAUUCUCGACGCACCUGGAGACGCCGACGAACAAGACGCUAUCGUGAAUCAAGUUCUCGAUGAAAUUGGAAUUGAGAUGAAUUCAAAGCUUGCAAAUGUCCCUGCUCUUCCCACAAAGGUUUCCAGCACUGCUCCGGCUGAUUUCGAUGAUCUCGAAGCUCAAUUGGCAAGACUCAGAAGUUGAUUUCUGUACAUAAUAUUUCUUUUGUUUUGUAAAUACCAUGAUUUUAAUUGAAGAAUAAAUGCUUCCGAUUGC